GAGACAGUCUAUCACAGCCUGUAAAUCAGACCUAAUCCUUAGAAAGUAUCAUUUGACUUCUGCUGCACAUGAUGGGCGUCACACUGUUGGGUGUUGUGCUGAUCUUCUUGUCUGUAGGGCUGAAUAUACAGACAGCAGAGAGCUGCCGCUGUUUCCCACAACAUCCUCAACAUCAAUUCUGCUCUUCUGAAAUGGUGAUUUUAGCUAACGUAACCGGAAACAGACUUCCUGUUAAGGAUCAAAACAACUUAUUUCGGUAUAAAAUCAAAACAAUCAAGGUAUUGAAAUGUUCUAACAAUGCAAACCAAAUUCAAUACGUCUACACGGAUUCAUCCUCGUGUGGCAUCACACUGGAUCAGGGGCGAUACGUGCUUUCAGGACACCGGUUUAAAUAUGGAAUCGAGGUGGGGAUGUGUGACCUUGUCAAGCAAUGGGAUCUUCUCUCCUUAACGGAGCAAGAAAACUUCAAACAAACAUAUAAGAUGGGCUGUGACUGCACGAUCUCUACAUGUUUUGAAAGUCCAUGUUGUCCCCAAUCUAAGAAAGAAUGUAUGUGGGAAACCAACUCUCCUGACUCUCUGGAGUACGCCUGUCUGAGGGACAGUGACGGCAUCUGUAGCUGGUACAGGCCAAGUUCAAAAGUUGAUGAAGAUCCAAUGUGCAUCUAAAAGAUCAGCAUUUUCUCAUUCUUAAAGAAGAUAUUUGGUUGAUGCUGAGAAUCGUUGUUCUUUCUAAUACUAAUUCAGCUUCAGAGUCCAUUUUUUAAUCAACUUAACACUGCUGUUUUAACUCUGAGGAAAGAUCCCAUUCUUCCCCCACUGAGUGUUUCCAUCUGCAAAUUAAAAACCUUUGUAUGCAAAAUAAACAUGUUUCUAUUUGAUUGUAAUAUGAAAAGUAAGCAUGCUUUGUAAAAACAGGAUAUUUUUUAGUUGACUUCAAUAAAAAUGCAUAUUGAGCAACAUGUCUAAAAGCAUGAUAUGAAAAAUGACAACUUUAAAAAACCAUCACAAUGUUUAAUAAGCUGCUGAUGUAAAUCCCUUAUAUUAUCAUCUACAUUUAUGAAUUCUAUGGAUGAUUUUACUGCUUUUAACAUGCAUUUAAGGUACACAUUCUUCAUCAUACUGUUCACUUUGAGAAUCAUUUCAGCCUUUAAGCUCAGGUAUCUGUUGAUGGCAGAGGAAAAUUUCUCUGCUUUUUCGCAAAUUGUAACU